GUGUUUUGCAGCUCCCAGAACCCUCCAUGCUCUGCUCUGCCUGCACCUGUUUUAGCUGACAACAUAUAUGCUCUGCUCUGCUUGCACCUGCCUUCCUUCCUUCCUUCCUUCCUUCCUUCCUUUUACUUCUUUUUAACCUCUCCCUCUCUUCCUCUCUUCCUCUCUGUAAAAGAAAACAGAGGAAAAAAGCAUGGAGUGGAAUAAUGGCAGUCUCAAUCCUAAGCUUCUUUCUCCACCUCUACUCCACCAUCAAUCUUCAUACACUCCAUGCUACAACUACAACUACACCUACAAUUUGGAUCAUUUUCCUGUGUUAGAGAGGAAGAAUCCGGCGGAGGAAAGUGUGGUUGGAGGAGUGGAUCAGAAGAAGAACAAGAACAAGACCAAGACCAAGUUGAGUCCGGAUCAGUUGGAGUCAUUGGAGAGAAGGUUUCAAGAGGAAGUGAAGCUUGAUCCGGACAGGAAAAUGAAGCUGUCAAAGGAACUUGGGCUCCAACCAAGGCAAAUUGCAAUUUGGUUCCAAAAUAGAAGAGCUCGCUGGAAGACUAAGCAGCUUCAGCAUCUCUAUGACACCCUCAAGCAAGAAUUUGACACCAUCUCUAACCAAAAACACACCCUUCAACAACAGGUAAUGAAACUAAAGACCAUCCUGCUGCUAAGAGAAGAAGCCACCAGGAAUCAUCAAGGGUCGAUGGCUUACACGGACGAAGAGACGGUGGAGAGCACGUCGGUCGGGGUUCGGAGCAGUACCAAUAAUUACAUGUACAAUAAUAAGGUGGAAGAUUUGGUUGAAAUAUCAGGUUCAGGUCCUCCUCCUCCUCCAUUCUGGUGGGGUGCUGAGGAGGAUGCUCCCCGCCCUUCUUACCCUUAAUUCCCUUGAAUUUAUUAGUUUUGGUUUAGCUUUCUUAGUGUUUGAUCACCAUCAAACAACAUGCUGUUGUCUUGGAACCAAAUCUUUGAAUGGAAUGCUGU